AUGGCUCCCGAGACUUCCACGGCGAAUUUAUUGCCUCCGGUGGAGGAGACCCUUGCCCUCUUCGAUGCGUACUUCGAGCAUGUCUAUCCUUUACCCUGGUUUGCUUUCCUCCAUAAGAGGUCUGUCGUGCAGAGGUAUAUGGAUGGUUCCAUUGAAGAGUGCCUGCCUCUGGCGAUAUGUGCUGUCACAACCCAGCGCCUGAAAUUCGAAAAGUACGAUGCUGAGCUCAGCGCGAGUUGGGCUAGCAAGGCCGAGGAGUACCUGAUGCAGACGAUCGAUACUCCCUCAACUUCUCGUCUCCAGGCACUUGUCCUUAUCGUCCGAUACAGAGUCGAGGCUGGGAACUUCUCGAAAGCUUUUAUGCUUGCCGCCCUUGCGGGCAGAUGUGCAGUCGCACUCCGCUUGAACUACGAGCGGCCCGAGCUUCGGUUUCUGGUGCAGGAGGUCCGCAGGCGAAUUAUGUGGUCUUGUUUUCUUCUCGAUUCCAACUUCUCCGUCGGCCUACGAGAAUACGAAAUUUGCCCUCCGGAAAUUCUAUACCUGCAGCUUCCUUGUCCAGAAACCGAGUUCGAAGACGACACUCCUGUGAAGACGCCGCCUCUACGAGCGGUGUCUACGAAGACCGUGGAACGGCUAGGUGUAUACGCUGCCUGCUUGAGGCUGGUCUCUAUUAGAAGAGACAUAAUGAUGUUGACGCGUCGCCUUGCUUCCUUCCGUGUUGAGCCUCGGGACUUGAUGCGUUCAGUGCAACAAUUUGAAAAUGAGCUGGACCAUCUCUAUCAGAGCCUUGCAGAUUUCGACAAGUACUCCUCGACAAUGUUCACUCAUGGUCGAAAGCAGGUUCGACUUCUCAUUGUCCAUCAGUCAUGGCACUUGACCCAUUGCGAUCUUUAUCGCAUCUUCUUAACCGGAUAUCGGGAAGCGGCCCCAGCUUCGGCACUAGACGGCAUAGACAGUCAAGAAGUACUACGCAUUCGAGGGUUGUGCUUGCAGCAUGCCUUAUCAAUAGUUCAGAUCCUUCAGGAAUUCUCGGAGCAGUCUCCGGCGCAAACGGUUGACUUUGACACUGCGAAUCAUGCAUAUCAUGCUACGCGAAUCAUUCUAUUCACGACUCAACCGAACGUAGUUGCGAAACCUUUGAGUGUCGGGGCCGCUCUCGAGAAGGCUCGCUUCUGCCAACGCAUGUUGGAGCGAUACUUUCCCAACUCCCCGGUGGUGGAACCAAUGAAGAAAGAAAUGGAACUUCUCAUCGCAAGAUACUCGACAAGGUUCAACGCGUCAGGUUCUGCACAGUUGCCACAGCCGGAGGAAACGAUUGACGAGGAUCCGCGUCUCGCGGAUGAAGCGAGAAUUCGGCAAAGACUGGGAAUUCACAGCUUGAUUCGCAGAGCGGAUUUCGUUGAUGACAGCAACGAAGUCACAAGCCCUGCACCCACUAUCCAGCCCCGAGCGUCAGCCAUCCGGCAUACUCUCUCCACCCAGCAGGAACGUCGCUCCCAAAGAACUAGUUCGGCUGCGAACCGUGCUCUCCCGAACACCGGAAGCGCGCAAGUCAACCAGCCCAACGGAACCAGUUCUGUCACGUCCAGGCCAUACCCGGUGCCAAACGGCAUUGCCGCGACUGCUAACAAUGAACCAGCAUCAUAUGACGAGGAACCACCAGAUCAGUCAUCGGAUGGCAUGCGUUUUGCUUUCAACCCUUGGAUGGGGUGGCCUGAGACCCUGGAGACCUACGGAUUUCCCCAGGGCGUGGACGACGAUUACUUUUAA